AUGAUAAAACUUACAGGAAUGGAUUAUAAUAAAUAUAAGGAAGAAAUACAGGGAUAUAGAGACAGGCUGCAAGACCCAAAGUUGAUGCGUAAUGAUGACCUAGUAAAGUCUCUUGAGUCUGAAAUUGCAAACUAUGCAGAAGAGAUAUUUUCUCAGAUGGGAAAAGAAUUCUUAAGUGAUGAAACACCAGCAGAUGAGGGCUUAGUGUCUUCUACACCUUCUAAAAAUGAGAGGGAAAUAUAUGUGUUUUUCAAGAAGUAUAAUACUCAGAUGGUGAGUGAUAAAAACCAUUUGGAUGAGUAUAUAAUUAUUCAUUAUGCCACAGAAGAUAGAGCUGAGCCAAUAAUUAUUUGUUCUAUGCGACCAGAAAAAGUUUAUUUAGGAAUUGGCAAGUGUUUUAUAAUAUUAGACAUUCCGAAAGACAGCUAUACUAUGUAUGUUCUUUCUAAAUAUGCAGAAACCAUAAAUUUAUAG